UGGUCAGAGGGAGUGGCCGGACCAAUUCUCCUCCUUGUGUGCGCGGCGGGAAGCGGAACUCCUGUGCUCAGGACUCGGCUCCUGGCCGGGCGGGGUUCACGGUGCACCACGGCUGUCUGUGCGGGCAGCAUGGAGGAACGCAAAGAUUCCGAGCCUACCCCGGGCUGUAGCGGCCCUGGCCCGGGUCCGGUUCGCGGUGGCGGCGGCGGUACCCACACGUGGGCUCCCGAGGACGCCUGGAUGGGCACACACCCUAAGUACUUAGAGAUGAUGGAACUAGAUAUAGGAGAUGCCACCCAAGUUUAUAUAGCAUUCUUGGUUUACCUGGAUCUCAUGGAGAGCAAAAGCUGGCAUGAAGUAAACUGUGUAGGAAUACCAGAACUACAGCUCAUCUGCCUCCUUGGCACUGAGAUAGAAGGGGAGGGGCUACAGACGGUGGUGCCCACACCCAUUUCUGCUUCCCUCAGCCAUAACAAGAUAAGGGAAAUCUUGAAGGCUUCUAGAAAAUUGCAAGGUGAUCCAGAACUGCCGAUGUCUUUUACUUUGGCCAUAGUGGAGUCAGAUUCCACCAUAGUCUACUAUAAACUUACCGAUGGAUUUAUGCUGCCAGACCCUCAGGUCAGUUUUGAAGGAACUGACAGGAAACAGUGAUGGGAGAGAAAGAAUAUUUCUCUUAGAAGAUGACAGCUGGCCUUUUUGGUGCUGAUUUUCUUCCUGAAAGUUUGGAUUUGAGGCCCAUCUGCCUGCUUCGUCUUUUAUCUCAGAGGUAGUCAAGGUGACUCAGCAAGUCCAACUCAUAAGCUUUCUUUUCAGAAUAAAACCUUCUCAGACAGAAGAGUCUAUAUUGUUUGCAAAUAUAGAGUAUUUAGUCUAGAACAUUCUGAUCAGAGACAGUACAUUUGCAUGAAGAUUUACACCAAGGAUAUGGUCAGCAUGGUGGAACCUGUACAUGCCUCUGCCAUCCCCCAGCUGUAGUCAAUAGACAUGUAUCCAUGAAUGGUACAGAGAGAAUGCUACAGUGAAGAAAUGGACACAAGAGCAUUACAGUGUGGUCAUGGAUGCAAAUGACACACCGAUAAAAAUAGACAAUCAAAUCACCAACUGUGGUCAUACUAAGAUGGCAGGGCAGUAAGUGGAUGGCUUUGCC